CGCUUUUUAUCAAGACUUUGAGGGUCAUGUCUAAGUAAAGGCUUGGUGGAUGUUGUGGUACGUCAAGAGUAUAAAGAGGGUGUAUCUGCAGUAGUUUCCUAUCUCCGUCGCAAAGGGCUUUCUUAAUUCCUUUCCUCCCGGACUUAAUUGAAGACUUUUGGACCCUACAGGACGUCCCUCCAGGAAGACACCAAAGAGCUCUCGUAACGGCUUCUACUCAUAUUUCUUUCCCUUAUCCUUCUCCUAUAUGUAAUAUUUCUCGUGAUGUUUACAACCUUUGCAACGUUGUACCCCGAUCCAAGUGACCAGAAGAGGCAGGAAGGCACUUGUACGUCCACAACAGUAACAUCACGACCAAAGCGUCAUCAAGUCUCACGGGCUUGCGUCUGGUGCCGCACUUAUCGCAUCAAGUGCGAUGCUAGCUACCCAUGUCACAAUUGCAGGACCAAAGGUCGGAUAUGUGGCGCUAAUACAGGGAAAGAUGAAGUGCGAACAUAUCCACUCGCACUAAAAGAAAUAGAGCGAUUGAAAGACCGUGUCAAGGAAUUAGAAGAACGGCUUAAAGAUCUCGACAAUGGUCAAGCUACCAAGAUGCAAGAAAAGGAGGUGCCUGUGCCAACCCCCAAGGCAACUCUAUCGCUUCCUGUAAAUUUGGAUCCCUUGAAAGAGCAUGGCGGCAAUAAGAAAUACUACAACUGGGAUUAUGUCUCCGCACGAACUGCACGGUCAAACCAACAGUGUUAUGGGCCUUCGUCUUCGUUUUACUUCAUCGGCCAAAUGACUUCUUAUCUUGAUACGGCACUACAACAGCGCCAUUCGGACAUCCAACAUACUUCACCAAGCCAACUUCUUUCGAGUCCUGUCAGUGUGGGAAUGAGUAAGCCAUCGCAGAGUCAUUUGCAUUUUGAUGAACCAAAUACUGGGCAUGACCUAGCACUUCCACAAGAAGAAUAUUUCCUCAGCCUGUUCUGGCAGUCAUACCAUUGCAUCUAUCCGGUACUCGACGAGGCGGAAUUCAAGGCCCAUCACAAGUCUUUGUGGGAGACAUCAGCAUCGUCUCGACAGCCGUCAGCGAUUGUCGAUAUUCUUCUUGCUAUCUGCAUGCAACAUGAGGCUGCUUUGACACCCCAAAGCCAUGCGUAUCUGGAUCAAGACGUAUUGGGGGAUAAUGAUGCAUCAAUCGCAGGUCGGUGGUUCUAUCGGAGAUGCCAGUCUCUCCUUGCCGAUGAACUGGAAGGACCAUCCAUCACGACCCUCCAGUGCCACUUGUUCUCGGUGAUUUGGCUAUCCAACGCUUCUUUCCAGAACAAUGCCCAUAGUAUCUUAGCUAUAGCGAUCCGCACGGGAAUAAUAUUAGGCCUUCACUUGGAACCACUCGAGGAUAUGCCAAAGGCACAAAAAGAAUUUAGGAAAAGGUUGUGGUGGACACUUUACGCCUUAGAGAUGACGAUGGGCAUGGAACUUGGGCGACCACUGGCCCUUAACAUUUCUCAAGUUACCUGUGGCCUACCAGAGGAAAGGUGCGAGCCUCAGAAUCCACUACAUCCUAAACUAGUCCCGGUAAACAAUAAUGUUCUCCACAUCACCAACUUCAGCACUCAGUUUGUGAAAUUGAUACUUGCGACUCGGGCGAUUUACAUCAUGUUCUAUCACAAAUGUGCAGACGUACUGGGUGUGAAUGGGCAGAGGAGUCUUUAUCAUGAUCCAGAGGGCCUCGAAUCCUGCGCUGAGUUCCUUCUUUCCAAAAUGCCGUAUUUGAAAACAUGGUUACAGCAGGUACCGCACGAACUCAAGACUAAAAGGAAGAACCGAGGACAACCAUUCUCGACGGAUCGUUCCUUGCUAGAUAUCCACCCUUCCACUCCCAACUGGCUUUCGCGGCAAUGUCUCUUCCUCGAACUUCUGUACCAUAACCACUCCAUGAGUCUGUAUCGUCCGUUUAUCUGCUUCUCCCAGGUCUACAGCUCUGGUACGCCGCUCACAGAAGGCCAUGCUAUUUCCUGUGUCAAUCACGCCAUCACCAUUACUAGCAUGAUCAACCAAAUGAUCACGGAGACGGGCUUUCUAAACGGCUGGCCGAAGAUCUUUCAAUGGCAAUGGAAUGCCACACUCUCGCUCAUCGGCUAUAUCUUAGCAUACCCAACCGGACCGUCAAAACCCGCAGCACGCAAAGCCGUGAGCGUAGCUAUAACUACUUUCGAGCUGGUAUCGAACAAUUUUGCUAGCGCAACAAGCGCGGCGAAUGUAGCUCGCGAUCUUUCCGCAAAGGCAGAUUUGCUGGUCGAUCGCUUUGAAGCCGCUCUAGUUCAAGGAAUUACUACUUCACCAACAUCACAUUCUUUACCCUUUGAUCCCUUUUCAGAACCACUGGAUGUUGAAAGCGGCAAACUAGAGAGCACUAUUCCAAACCCAAAUUUGCUUUUCCGUUUAACUGAGGACGAAUCAGCGAUCUUCCAAAACGCGUUGACGAAUUCUUCUGGAUUUGCUUUCGCAUUUGACUCGUUCAAUGGCUUUGAUAACAUUGGUACAGAGGGUGGGAACGUGUUUGACUUUCUUGAUUUUGAUGACACUGGAGGCUUGUGACGACGAUUGAUACCGGAUACUUGUUCCAUAUGAAAGUCGGGUUUAAGACAGAAUUCAACAUCUACUUGAUGCUAAC